AUGUCAAAAUCACAACAAUCAUCUACAACAAAUUCUGCUAGUGCUGGUAGUGCUGGUGAACCUCGUUUUGCUCAAUUUAAACUAGUGUUAUUAGGUGAAUCCGCCGUUGGUAAAUCUUCAAUAGUUCAUAGAUUUGUUAAAGAUUCAUUUGAUGAUUUUAGAGAAUCUACAAUUGGUGCUGCCUUCCUUACACAAACUAUUCAACUAGAUGAAUCCACUACAGUAAAGUUUGAAAUAUGGGAUACUGCUGGUCAAGAACGUUAUAAAUCUUUAGCUCCAAUGUAUUAUAGAAAUGCAAAUGCUGCUAUUGUGGUUUACGAUAUUACUCAGGAAUCUUCAUUAGAAAGAGCAAAGUCUUGGAUCAAAGAACUACAAAGACAAGCUAAUUCAGAUAUUGUUAUUGCUUUAGCUGGUAAUAAAUUGGAUUUAGAAAAUGAAAGACAAGUUUCAAAAGAUAUAGCUCAAGCAUUUGCUAAUGAAGAAAACCUAUUAUUUUUUGAAGUUAGUGCUAAAUCUGGUGAAUGUAUUAAAGAAAUUUUCACUAAAAUAGCAGAGAAAUUACCAUUAGAAUCACAAUUGAAACCAAAUAGAUUACAAACUAGAGGCGUUGAUUUACAAAGACCGAGUACAAAUAAUCAAAGAAGUUGUUGUUCAUAA